UGUUGAGAGGUCAUGCCAGCCUCUACCUGACCUUGCCUGCUUCAGUCCGGCCUGCCUAGUUGACCCGCUAGCGAGUCUCCCUUCCAGCAACCCUCAAUCCACAGAAGGAGUCAGCAUGGACGCCAACCUCACUGCCACCUUCGAUGCUUGCAGCAACUUCAAUACCAAGCUCAAGGAUACCCUUGCUGGACUUAUUAGUGCCAACAAUGAGAGGAAAGCUGAAAUUGACGGACUCAGAUCUGACCAUGAUACACUCAAGAAGGAUCAUGAUUCCUUUGUUGUCUCUGCUGAACGAGAAAACGAUCUUAGAAAGAAUGAGAUCAAGUCUCUUGAAGAGAGACAGCAGAAGGAUAACACAGCUAGGAUCACUGACAUAGCUAAGCUCGAUGGUAAGCUGGACUCUGAAAAUAAUGCAAGGAAGGAGGAAAUCAAGGCUCUUGAUGGCUGGGCAAAGUCUGAGAAUGACGCUCGUAAAUCUGAAAUCUCCAAACUGGAUAACUUUGCUCACUCUGAGAAUGACGCCAGGAAGACUGAAAUUGCAAAUCUAGACAACUUUGCCAAGAGUGAGAAUGAUGGCCGCAAGGCUGAAAUAUCUGCUCUCAGCCAGCGUAUUGACAGUGAACAGGCUGCCAGGGAUAGCGAGGAUAAGGCUAUCAAUGAGAGGAUUGACAAAGAGAUCCAUGACAGGGAGAAUGCCAAUGCUGAACUCCUUGCAAGAAUGGAUUCUCAAAACGAAGAUAAGUCCAGAGAGAUGGAGGAGCUGAGAACUAGAAUGAUGAAGGAGAACAUGUUCCUGAGAUCUCUUUCAGACCAGACCCUUGGUGUCUUUUUCGAUGCCUACAGAAGCAAGGCCUAUGAUGGUGGCGGCGAGGAGAACCUCACCUUCAAUGGCACCUACUGCAACUACGGCGGUGGAUUUGAGGCAGACACUGGAAUUUUCACCGCACCUGUUGGAGGAACUUACCUUUUCAUGUUCCACAUUGCUACUCAUGACAACAAGAAGGCUCUUCUUUCCAUCAGGAAAAAUGGUGAGGAGAUUGCUUCCAUCUUUGACCAGAACCAUAAGGACAACCACAAGAACAGCAUGGCCGGCCAAAACAUCGUAAUCAAUGUCAACCGUGGAGAUGAAAUUGUUGUGUACGCCUACACCGGUACAUGGCUGGCUGACUUCCCCAUGAACCAUUACACCCACUGGGUGGGUCUUCUGUUGAAGCCCAAUGCAGAGGAGACCAACCUUCUAAGAAAGAAGGCCGAGGAAGGUCUUGAUGAACCAGUUCACACCAACGGAUUCUAAACUCUCAUCAUACUUCCAUGAAUAUUCUAUCAGAAGAGAAUUCUUCCCCAACCGUACCAAUAAUAUAUGUACCAACGAUAAGGAUAAUUGAACACUGCUCAACGGUUAAAUGAUUUGACGAAAUGGAAACUCUCAAGAAUAAAUCAUUUGCUCCCACAAGACAAGAUAUAAAUAUACUCAGGUUAAGGGUUGGCUGGUAGUAAAUGGUUUAUUUCCUACAUAAAUUAGUUAUUGUAAAUAUGAUGUGUUUGUACAGUAUUUAUUAUAAGAAAUUCUCUGGUUUUUGAAAAGGCUCGUGUCUGUGAAACAAUAAAAGCUUUGCCUUUAA